AUGGAAAGCAAUGGUGAAGCAGAAAACAGUUGUGGAAAAGUUUGUUCUCCAUCAUCAGAAAAGCCAUCACUGAUGCUGAUGAAGAAGAAGAACAAGAAGAAGAAGCUUUGUUGCAGAUAUUGUAACAAGAAGUUCAGCAGUUUCCAAGCCUUGGGUGGACAUCAGAAUGCACACAAGGCAGAAAGAGCAGUAGCACAGAGAGAGAAGAUUCUGAACAUGGCUUCUGCAUAUGGCAGAACUUCAUAUGUUGGUGGUGUUGAUUCAAACAACUGUCAUGGAUUGAGAGGAAAAUCAUGUGGGGUGUCAGAAAUUUCCAUGACUCAUUUCAAGCCACAUUUUGGACUAACACAUGAUCAUCAAUGGUCAAAGCAGUACACUUUGGAUUAUGUUCAAGCCACAAUUCAAAAGUUGCAGACUUUGAAUGAUGAAGGGAGUGGAUUUCAUCAAGAUCACAUAUCAUAUCAACCUUUAACUUUUUCUAUACUUGGAGAUGAAAAACUAAAUUCAGAGUUGUUGUUUAAUACUAGUUUAUCUAAUCAAGAAAAAGAUUCUGCAGUGAUAUCUCGUAAUGAAAUUACAAUGAUGCAUGAUUUGAAUGUCAAGAAUUCAAGUGGUGAUGAGAACUCUGAUGAAGAAAAUGGUUUUUCUGCAAUGGCUGCUGGCAAUGCAGUGGUGGAGGAACUUGAUUUGACUCUCAAGAUUGCCAAUAGAGUGGUGGAGGAACCUGAUUUGACUCUCAAGAUUUGA